UCUUACGGAAAUAUUUACUGCUUAUAAUGUUCAUGUCUUCAAUUCCUGGAAAUAUAAUUACCAUCUGUAUCUUACUGCAAAAGAAGUAUCGGCACGUUUCAACAGCAAUGUUCCUAAUAUUCCUUGCAUUUGCAGACAUUAUUGUGUUAUUUCAGUGCCUCUUUGAAUGGAUAGAAUUUAACUUCCAAAUCAUUUAUACUUCUAUUAUUCAUUGCUGGAUAACGAUUACCCUCUUUGUUGUAGGACGGUAUGCUUCUCCUUUGAUGCUAGUCGUGAUCUCUAUAGAGAGGCUGCUCAGUGUUGCCGCACCGCUUCAUGUUAAAAGAAUCUUAACAAUGAAAGUUGCUAAAUUUUCUAUUGCUUUUGUUUGGAUCUUAUCGUUCGGUAUGUCCAGUACUGUUGCUUCGUUUUUAAAGUUCGAUCCAGAUAAACCGUGUAUAAUUGAUGAUAAGUUUGCAUCAUUUUAUUUUACCUACAUGGGCUGGAUAGAAUUCACUUUUGACAGCAUUGCGCCAUUUGUCAUAAUAUUAAUCUGUUCGGUCAUAAUAAUUGUUCUACUUUCAAAAAGGAAAAUGAAAAGCAGCAAAUCUUCAAGGACUUUCAGGAGGUCUGUCACAGUUACAAUGCUGAUAGUCAACAUAGUUUUCCUUGUCACAAAGUUUCCUCUAAUGUUGAUAAAUCUCCUGUAUGGUGGCAUAAUAGAUAAUGUUAUAUCGACUGAUCUCACGGCUAUAGAAAAUCAUCUUCGAAUGCUGUAUUUGUCCAACAGUUUUCUUCUUCUAAGUAGGCUAAACAGCGUACUUAAUUUCUACGUAUACUUCGUGACUGGGACAAGAUUUAGACAAGAUAUGAAGAACGUUUUUGCUAGAUGCAAAAGAAAUAGAGAAGGGACUGUGAUGGAGUACUCCAGCAGAAACAUAACAUAAAGGAAUAACCAAUGUUAUUACAUACACGUUUCUAUUCCCUGUUAAACUACAUUGGAACCGGAAGCGUUUCUUUUUUCAUACACCGACACAGUGUGUGUGACCGAAUAUGAGCCGUGCCAUGAGAAAACCAACAUAGUGGCUUUGCGGCCAGCAUGGAUCCAGACCAGCCUGCAUGAAUUCUUUUAUUAAGUCCAGUACUGUCAAUCUUAUUCAGCCUGUUGAACAAAUUCAUAAUGGUUUCUUUACAGUUACACCUGUAGAUACGUAUGUGGGAAAAUGUUAUCUUUGCAUCCGUUUUUUAGCGGAAGAAUAUUGCGCUCCUA